UAACAGGGAGCUGGGUGAUAUCAAGCAGCUGGGACUGCAAUUGGUGCUCCAUUGUGGAAUGUGUCACCUUAACCCACUUGGUGACAACAUUGAUCCCUCUUGAUUCUUUUUUGAAGAAAAGAAAAAAAAAAUGGAGGAGGAAAGACAAAAGAGGAGAAAAUAAAAAGUUCAAUAAGAAAAGAAACCCUGCUCAGGCACAGCAGCAGACUCAGCUCCUACAGGACUGGGUGUGGCUGAGGACUGGGCUGUGCAACUUCAGAUAAAGGAGCUCCUCCUGUUUUCCUCAAAACGUUUCCCAGGGAACAGAGAACCACAGACACGCAUCCUAUGGUUACGUGUGUGGGUGUUUCCUCAGACUUCUUCCAAGAUUUUUUCUUUGCCUUUGACUUUUUUGGAUUUUGAAUAGAAUGAGCUUAUAUCUAGUAUUUCAAUAUUUCCCGCCCCCCUGCAUUGAUCAUUAUGAUCAUUAUAGGUGCUGCUGGGCCAUCUCCAUCUGUGAUUAGGUGUCUGACAUCCUUUGGGGAAAAUUCUGUCAGUACUGUUUUGAAUAUUCUGCUUUUUUCUCUUCUUCUGAUAUGCUCACAUCGCUUUCAUCAUCCACUACUUGAGGAUGCUCUCAGAUGUUUCCAGUCUUUUCUCUCUUUGCAUUUUCAGUUUUGUGGUUUUCUGCUGUUUUGUCCUCAUGCUCAGAGAUGCUGUCCCUCCCAUGCCCCAUUCCAGGCACUCCUCACUUCUGCUCUGGGCUUUUGAUUCCCACCAUGUCUAUUUUCUUUCUUGCCUUAGAAUUUCAGCUUCUCAGAUCUCAUUUUUCCACUGUUCCAGCCUGUUUUCUACUUUUCCUUCCAAAGCACUUUGCAUGUUAAUUGUGGGAUUUGUUUGUUUUUGUUUGUUUUAAGUUCUGGUCUGUCAAUUGCAACAUUUCUGCCUUAGAUUACUUUGGUUCUGGUUCCUGUUCCAUGUUCCCAUGGUGUUUUGUUACUUUUCAAAACCCUCGUCAUGUGUCCUAAUAGCUGGAGUUGACAUAUGUGCUAAAGCUAACUGCCAUCAACAGGCCUUCUGUGGUGUGGUGGGGAGGAGGGAGCGUCCAAAGUUCAUGACUAGGGCUUUUGGUGACCAAUGUUCUGUGAAUGUCACAAGGGCUCCACCAGGUUCCCCACUCUACCCUGCAACCUUAGAAGGAGCUAGAUGACUGGGGGAGCUGGAGUUGUGAAAUUCCUAGCGCCCAUGUGCAAGAAUAGGAGGAUAUAGUGCCUUACUGACUCCUUGGCACUUGCUUGGGUCAGGGUCUUCGUCCUUACUGUCUCCUCAAUUCUUAUUGGCACACAGUGGUGACUGGAAUGGUCGCUACCACAGGGGUCUGGUCCAGAGCAGACCUGGUUCUUCUCCCAUACUGAGCAGGUCCUGGGGUCCCUCUUCCUGCUGCUAGCUUAUAGGGAGUCCCUGUUGAAGCUGGCACAGAGCCAAGCCACAAGCCAACCACAUUCCAGGCUUUGGGAGUUGGGGACACAACUUACACCAAAAUCCUUCUCCACCUGGGACUCCCAAGUGGGAAAUCAGCAAGAGGACUUCAGGAUGCCUCAGAGGACCAAGAGGAGGAGGUUCAAGACCCAGGCAAGAAGGAAGCAUUGCUUCUUCUGGACCUGUCCCAAUCUCUCUAAAAAUGGACAAUGAGCAACUUCUAGCCUCGUGGCAGGAAGCUGAUUGCUAUUGGGGGCACUUCCUCUUGGGGUGUGGCAGGCACAGCACUCUUCCCUCCCCAGAGUAGCCCAGGAUCCCUGCCAGCACAGACAUUCGGACCAGGCAGGUUCCUCAGGUCUGCGCCAUGCCUGCCCCUGCCUCCCAGCCCCGCCAUCCUCAUCAUAUCCUGCUGCUGACUCUGCUGCUGACUCUGCUGCUGAAACUGACAGCAGGGGCAGCAGAGGAGGAGCUGCAGGUGACUCAGCCUGACAAGUCUGUGUUGGUGAAGGCUAGAGACUCAGUGAUCCUGCGCUGCAUUGUAAACAUCCUGGUGCCCGAGGGGCCCAUGAAAUGGUUCAAGGGGGCUGGGCCAGGCCGGAAGAUGAUCUAUGACUACAAGGGAGGCCAGUACCCCCGAGUCACAGCCCUCUCAGACUACACAAAGCAAAACAACAUGGACUUUUCCAUCCGCAUCAGUGACAUCACCAUGGCAGACAGUGGCACCUACUACUGUGUGAAGUUCCAGAGAGUGGGUACUGGCGAUGUGGAGUUUAAGUCUGGACUGGGCACACAGGUAUCUGUGCGAGUUCCUCCCAUCGUGGAGGUCACACAGCAGCCCGUGGGGGCAGGGACCCAGGUGAAUGUCACCUGCCACGUGGACAAGUUCUACCCACAGCGUGUGCGACUGACCUGGUUGGAGAAUGGAAACGUGUCCCGGAAGCACUUGGCCUGGACAAUAGUGAGGAACAAAGAUGGGACCUACAAUUGCACGAGCUGGAUCCUGGUGAACAACAGGGAGGACCUGGUGCUCUCCUGCCAGGUGGAGCAUGAUGGGCAGCCAGCGGUCACCAGAAACCACAAACUGCAGGUCUUGGCCCAGCCCAAGGAGCCCGACUCAAACACCAACAUCAACACCAGGAAUGAUUCUCCACCUGCUGCAUUCUUCGUAAUUUUCCUCCUCUGCUUCAAGGUGCUGCUGGUGAUCAUUUUCUCUGCCAUUCUUUGCAUCAAGAAGCAGAAGAUCUCAGAUUCAGGAAGUUCGGCUUCCUCAGUGUUGGGACAGCAAGAUGUCACCAAGACCCCGUGUCCUCAGACGGCUGCUGAUCCACCUCUGACCCCACCUUCAGUGCAUUCCAAUGUCCCUUCCCAUGUCACACCUCCUCCUCACUUCACUGCAGUUUUACCUCCAUUGUCAAAACCUCCUCUCCAUGAUUAAUUUCUGUGACGCAUUGUCCAGCCCUUGGGAAGGAGACCUCGUGGCUACGAACUUUGAGGUCUUGCAUGCAAGCAAGGAUUUGCAGGAACUCGUCAUCAGCAGACUUUGGAUGAAGUGACCUAACAAUGGUUAAGGGGCACACUUGUUGUUUGUGGACUGAUUUGCACCAUGGCUGAAGAGCUGGCCCAGAAGUUUGAACCUCAUGGCAGCUUUUACUGUACUCACACUGCAUGUCAAGUUUCUUCACAGUAACGUAUGGUGGUGACUGAAACUGGAGCCAUGUGCUGCAAGAUUUGUGCGAUUUUAGGGAACUCGGAGGACUAGAAUUCAUGUACAUUAACACCAGUGUGAGAACUGCCCGAGUGUGUUUGUUUUCCUUUUUCAGUUCUCACAGGGAAGUGACUGUGUACAGGCAGAUGCCAGGAGAGUGAGGAUCAAACAGGAGGCAGUCGAGUUUCCCUUAAUAAAUGAAUGACUGUCUCAUUGAGGACAUUAGUGUCUCUUACAUGUCACAGUUCUCUUUUUUCUCCAUGGUGACAUUUUAUUGGCAUAUGACAGAUUACAACGGUGCAUGAUAAAUUAUACCUUACAUUGAGUAAGAAUCAUUUAGCCAUCUGCAUGCAUUCUUACUCACUGACAUUUUUUUUCUCAAAUUAUGAUUUAAUUCCCAACACUGAUGUUAACAGUAACAGAUGGAAUAAAGCAGUUCCUUGACGUAGACU